UCAUGGCCAUCACUAAAUGCGCCACCUCCCCGACACUGCUCCGCCUUCAAUUCCGAUCCAUCGUCUCGAUCGAUCCAUCUCUCCCCUACCAUACCAUCAGCUAGCUAGCUUCUACUCGAUCCUCUUCUCCUCUCCUCUCCUCUGGAGCACAUCACAUCCACCUCUUCGUCUAUAUCAACCCCGCCUUCCUCUAGCUACCUCUUCACUCGCUCACACUCUGAUCAGCUCUCUAAUCACAUAUAUAUCGUAUCGAUCAACGACGACGACAAUGGCGGCCGUCGACAAUGCCCCGCCGUCGCCAGUGGUCACCGUCACCUCCACCCGCACCGUCGCCCCAGCCGCCGCCAAGUGCGUCCUCGCCACAUUCGACCUCCCCUACAUCACCUUCUACUACAACCAGAAGCUGCUCCUCUACCGCCUCCCCAACGGCGCCUCCGACUUCCCCGACGCCGUCGCCCGCAUGUCCGCCUCCCUCUCCGACGCCCUCGCCUACUUCUACCCGCUCGCCGGCCGCAUCCGCCAGGACGACCACGACGGCUCCCUCUCCAUCCACGGCCAACACGGCGCCGAGGUCAUCGAGGCCUCCGCCGACCAUGUCUCCGUCGACCAACUCGCCGGAGAGGAGUGCUCGGAGGAGGCGGAGAAGGUGAUGCAGCUCCUCGUCCCCUACACCGGCGUCAUGAACCUCGAGGGCCUGAACCGCCCGCUGCUCGCCGUCCAGUUGACACGUCUGCGGGACGGGGUGGCAGUGGGGUGCGCCUUCAACCACGCCGUCCUCGACGGCACCUCCACCUGGCACUUCAUGACGUCAUGGGCGGAGCUCUGCCGGGGCGGCGGCGCGCCGUCGCUGCUGCCGGUGCACAACCGCGGCAUGGCGCGCUCCGUCCGCGUCAACCUCCCGCUCCCGGCGUCCGCCGAGGCGCACGAGAAGACCGACCCCAAUGGGCCCAAGGUGCCCCUCGUGGCCCGCGUCUUCUCCUUCCCGCCCUCCGCCGUGGCCCGCGCCAAGGCCGCCGCCAACGCCGCCCUGCCCCCCGGCGCCAAGCCCUUCUCCUCCUUCCAGUCGCUCGCCGCCCACAUCUGGCGCGCCGUCUCCCGCGCCCGCGCCCUCGGCCCCUCCGACAUCACCGUCUUCGCCGUCUUCGCCGACUGCCGCGCCCGCCUCAGCCCGCCCCUCCCGCCCGCCUACUUCGGCAACCUCAUCCAGGCCGUCUUCACCGGCGUGCCCGCGGGGAUGCUCCUCGCUGGCCCGCCCGAGCUCGCCGCGGGGCUGCUGCAGAAGGCCAUCGACGACCACGACGCCGCCGCCAUCACCCGGAGGCUGGAGGAGUACGAGGCGGCGCCCAAGCUGUUCCACUACAGCGACGCCGGCCCCAACUGCGUCGCCGUCGGCAGCUCGCCGCGCUUCAGGGUGUACGACGUCGACUUCGGCUUCGGCCGCCCGGAGCGGGUGCGAAGCGGCGCCAACAACAAGUUCGACGGGAUGGUCUACCUCUACCCGGGCCGCGGCGGCGACGGCGGCAUCGACGUCGAGCUCUCGCUGCAGCCGGAGCCGAUGCAGAGGUUGGACAAGGACCAAGACUUCCUCCAAAUGCGAGCCCCUUAAUUCUUUUUUUUUUCUUUUAUACUCCUAUAUAUUAUGAUGAUUCAUCAGCUGCAUGUUACUCCCUAGUAGUCUUGUUCCUCCUAAAUUGCAACUUCUCCUACUACUCCUUUAUGUUUAGUUGGAUGCAUGCAUGGAUUCCUUGUUGCUUGCUACUAUUUAUAUAUAGUGGAGUACUAUGUUGUGUACUAUGUUGCUUGCAAGCUACAUUUAUAUGUGGAUUUGCAUAUAUUGAAUUGGUCCAUUACUUAAAUAAGGAUCGGAUAUGGAAUUAAUUAGCAGCUAUACAGUUUGUGUGUACUUAAUUAUUAAGCCCAUGCAUCAUAUCUGGCCUGUUGCUUGAUUGGAAAUGUAACCUAUUAAUGUAUUUGUAAUUUUUGUACUCCAA